AUGCCAGGCCGGAUGGUAAGUGUUUGGUUUAUUAUAGAGAAAUCGGUAGCUAUUUUUUUUAAUGAAAAUGUCUCAUAUAACAUCUGUGAAGCAGUGGACGGACAAAGCAAAAAAAAAAAAAAAAAACACAAAGAACCAGUCCAGCAUUCGCCGACCCUUCUUCUCUAUCGCCCAGCCCGUCGCUGCCGCCGCCCCUUGGCCGUCACAGUCGUCCCCCCUUGGCCUCCUUGCUCGAUUUUGAAGAACCUAUCCAGCCAGUCGCCGACCCUUCUUCUCCAUCGCCCAGCCCGUCGUUGCCGCCUUCUUCUCCGUUGCCCGGCCCGUCGCCGUCGCCGCCCCUUGGCCAUCGCAGUCGUCCCCCCUUGGCCUCCUUGCUCGAUUUCUUCCCCAAAAGGUUUUGUAGAAGAGUCGAAGCUACAAUACUUGUGCGCUUUGGACAUGCCUGAUGAAGCUCUAUGUUUAUUCAAGCAUUUUACUCAGCAAUCAAUGGUUUUUGUUGAUGGGGUCUCGUUUAAUAUUGCGAUUGAUGCUGCAUAUAAACUAGGGAAACUGGAUGAUGCAAUGUGGUUGCUAGAAGAGAUGAAAAAUAGGAAAAUCAAGCCUCUUGUUUUUCAGGCACAAGCAGGGUUUCAAGGUCAAGGGAUUCAACCAAACGUGGGUCAAGAUGAAGGGGUUCAAACUGAAGGUGUUCAUGAUGGACUGAUUCAAGAUGAUAUGGGUAAAUCUGGAGUGGAUAAUGUUGGACAAUUGCAUACUACCCAACAAACUCUUGCACUACAUAAGUUGAAUAGUCUCAAUACUCAUCAUGAUGUGGUUUUGAAGAAGUUUAGGAAUCUGCUAAAGAUGAAGAUUAGGAAGGCGGUUUAGGAUAAAGAUUGUGGAGGUAAUUUUGCAUGUCCAAUUAGAUGAAGCCUAGGUGUACCUAGUGACAUUUUAUUUUGCAUGUUAAGAUGUUUAAAUCUUUAGUAGCAUUUUAUUAUGUUAUUUUCAUAUGCUUUUUGUUGACUAUAUGUUUGGUAAAUUUAUAAGCUUAUCGUGCUUUAACAUGCAAGAUAAAUUUUGGUAUUUCGAUAAGUUAAUGUUUCAUGGUUUGAUAGCAGCCUCUUAGUGUAUUCUAUUUUGGUAAGUUCUUAAUUUAUUAUGCUAUUUUCAUAGCAGACUCUUAAUAUAUGCUAUCUUGAUAAUGCUUCAUUGUUUAAUAACAGCCUCUUCAUUGUUUAAUAGUAG